GGAGUGAUGCUGGGAAGUGUGGGAAACUCCCCUCACAUUCCCAGGAUUGACUGGAAAAAAAAGUGUGAAUCUCACAAGGCCUCGCAUGCUCAUCAACCAGUCCGGACUACGACUGACCAUGUUCUUCAAUUACUGGUGCUUCGUCCUGAUCGUGUUGGAAUUGCUCUGUGUCACCACCCAGCAGGCAGGUGAGAGAAGGCAUUGCGCCUUCCAGGAGGCGUCACGGAAGACCCGGUUUCGAGUGGCGGGCAAUGUGAAUGGCUCAGUGCAUGUGUGCAACAAUACGCGCUGCUGCGUGGGUUACUACCUCAUGGUCGAAGGACAGCCGAGAGUCGACGUCCUCGCGUGCGAUUCAGUGGAAAAGUCUUGCCCGGAUGCAGUGUGUAAGGCGCAGCCCUGCUUAAACAACAAGAUGGUCAAGUGUGUGUGCAACACGGACAUGUGCAACCGCAACCUCACCUGGAGCGAGACGCCGCAUGAGCCUCAACCGUCCUCCAGAUCCGUUGGUAAAACUUGGGUCGUCAUUGUUGCCAUUGUGCCGGUGGUUUGCCUGGCCAUUGCGGCUGUACAAUGGAGACGUGUGUCACAACACAAAAAAAAUUCCCAAGCUUCCCUUCACGUUUCUCCUAGUCCCCAUCAAACAAUGCAGCUUGACGUGACUGAUGUUCAACUGCAGGAGAUGGUGGCACAGGGGAGUUUUGCCACGGUGUGGCGAGGAACAUACCAAGGGUCCACAGUGGCUGUGAAAGUCAUCCCAGCUACCUCCAAACAGGCUUUCGCCACUGAGAAGGAUGUGUACGAGCUCCCGUUGAUGAGGCACGCCGCCAUCAUCCACUUCCUCGGAGCUGGGAGAAGGUCAUGUGACGGUAGCUGGCUCCUCGUGCUGCAAAUGGCUGAAUAUGGCUCUCUGCACUCCUUUCUGAAUGCCAACGCCAGCAGCUGGCAAUUGUCACUCAAGUUGUGCCUGUCUCUAUCACAAGGACUCUCCUACCUCCACUUGGAUUUGCACACACAAGAUGGGCACAAACCAUCCGUGGCCCACGGAGACCUCAGCAGCUUUAAUGUGCUCGUCCGGGGAGAUUGCACCUGUGCCCUGUGUGAUUUUGGUAGCGCCACCAUCCUGUGCUCGCGCCAGCGCCAAGCAGAAGAGGCAAAGAGUCCAGCACUGACAGCAAGGACCCCAUGCUACAUGUCUCCCGAGAUCUUGGAGGGAUUCGUGGACCUCUCCGGCAGCUGGUGUUUGCACGGGGACGUUUAUGCUUUGGGUUUACUGCUGUGGGAGAUCUGCAUGCGCUGUUCUGACUUAUUUGAAGACGGCAUGGUGCCACAACAUUUCCUACCUUAUGAUCGUGAGUUGGAGGGCCAUCUAACCUGGGAGAACCUCAUUGUCCAUGUGUCCCACAUGAAAAAAAGACCCUCCAUACCCGUGCCUUGGCACCUGCUGAGACAAGGGCCAGCGCUGGAGGAUUUACUGAGAGAAUGCUGGGACAUGGACCCAGAUGCCCGGCUGACUGCUCAGUGUGUUGUGGACAGAUUAGUCGCCCUGCAUUCAUUGUUAGCAUAAUAUUGGUAUCACUGUGUGUUUUAGAGAGUUUUUCCCACAUUCGGUUUUUAUAAAUGUUUAGUUGUCUAGACGGUUUUUGUCUGGAAUAAUGCUACUUUUCGUCCAUGAACUUAAGUUAUAUAGUCCAAUUGCUACUUUUAUUGUGGGGAUGCUUUGCAAAGAGAAUCUUUUAUCACAUUUCACACAUCAGUCGCAUGACCGCACAGUCUUCAGGUUUCAGUGCCUCAUUUACAUGAAACAUGACAGUCACAACGUAGGAGACAACAGUUUGCUUGAAUUUGUUACUGUGUUUUGUAAAGCUACAAUUUAUUGUAUUAUUUGAAAUAUUGUUGCACAAUAUCUAAAGUUACACGUUCCUGUCUUAUAUUUUUAUCCAUUCCGGAGGUACUCAAUGCUUUUGACCAGAUGUUUGAUGUCAGGUGUGCUUUAUGAAUUGAGUACAAAUUCAGGUCGUAUGAAUAUUUUAACCCUUUAUGGGGCAUUAAUUGAACUCAGUAACUGCCAUUGACUGUGUUAGACGUCCAAUCCAUUUUGACUGGAAGGGGUGAAUGAAUUGAACAUUUGUUCAUUCACCACUCACACUUGAACAAUUAACACUUAAACAUGAGCAUUCACAGGCAGUCUCACUGUUUUAAAUUAAUUGGACCUCAAUAAAUAACAUGUAAUAAGUUGAAUACUAUGAGAGAGAGAAAAAAAAUCAAUUUUAAGAGUCUUACUUUGGGCCGUAACCAGUGUGGAUUUGUUUUUAUUCACUUGAGUUUUAUUUAUUUAUUUUUUAGGGUUAAGUACAAUUGUAUUAAUAAAAAAAUUAGGGCUGUCAAAAUCAUCGCGUUAACGGGCGGUAAUUAAUUUGUUAAAUUAAUCGCGUUAAAAUAUUUGUCGCAAUUAACACACAUGCCCCGCUCAAAGAGAUUAAAAUGACAGCACAGGGUCAUGUGCACUUGUUACUUUUUUGGAGUUUCGUCGCCCUCUGCUGGCGCUUGGGUGCAACUGAUUUUAUGACCAUGAGAAUUGUGUAAUUAUUGACAUCAACAACCUACUAGUUUAUUUUUUGAUUGAAAAUUUUACAAAUUUCAUUAAUAUGAAACAUUAAGAGGGGUUUUAAUAUAACAUUUCUAUAACAUCUACUAACAUUUAUCUUUUAAGAACUACAAGUCUUUCUAUCCAUGGAUCACUUUAACAGAAUGUUAAUGUUAAUGCCAUCUUGUUGAUUUAUAAAUAUAAUAAACAAAUAAAGUUCUUAUGUACAGUAUGUUGAAUGUAUAUAUAUCCGUCUUGUGUCUUAUCUUUCCAUUCAAACAAUAAUUUGCAGAAAAAUAUGGCAUAUUUUAUAGAUGGUUUGAACUGCGAUUAAUUACGAUUAAUUAAUUUUUAAGCUGUGAUUAACUCGAUUAAAAAUUUUAAUCGUUUGACAGCCCUAAAGAAAUAUAUAAAUCCUGAUUAAUCAUUUAAAAUAAUUAUAAUUUUGAAACAUUUUCGUGUUUCAUUAUUUCAUGUUCACCAACAUUUUCAUGUUGGUCAACAUGACAACUUGUUUUUAUGGGGAUUAAUCCUAUUUUAUGGUAAAUGACCAAAAAUAGUCACUCGCCCUAUAAAGGGUUAAUUAUUGUCAUGUGUUUUAUGUACACUUUGUUUCAACUGCACUUGUUUUUAUGGUCCUUUUAAAUAAAGUUGAAUUGUGUUACAAUUAUGUAAACUGCGAUUUAAAGAACCAUUUCUGCACCUCACUUGAGAAUCUUGCGCUUAAUUUGUUAUUAAAAAAACAAAAAGGUUGCCAUUAUUGAUCAGCGAGUUUGUUGUUAAACUUUUUAACUAGCUAGUUAGCUUGUAGAAAAAGAUGCUAGGUUUGUGCUUACUCUUUUUAAAGCAAUACAAGAUAACUUUUCAACCUUUAUGAAUCUUUUUCAUAACAUUUGUGAUAAUAUGUUGCCUGAAAACUAGUUGAAUGACACCUCUUUAAUAUCUUAGGGGGUCUGUAUCACUUUCACCAGGACUAAUUAACUACACAGGCACUGGAAACAGAAAUGUUGUUUAAUCCAUCUGCAGGCGACUGCAAAACUGAUUUUUUAUUGACUGAUGAUUUUACGACACUGCGGGUGUGCGCUGGUCCUCAUGGGAAACACAGUCUUCCUUAAAGUGCCUAUGACAGCAAAAAGCAUGUUUAUUUCAUAUUUCACUCGGUAUUUUUUGCUCCUGAAUGAAAUGGACCGCUUGGAUGUGUGUGGAAUCGAUCGAUUAAUUUAUUCAAUUUUUCUAAUCCCGCGCCAUGAAAAUAGGUGACGUCCUGGAUUGAGGAAGAAUGUGAAUGUGACGUCAGCCGGGUCACUAUCUCACAAUACAGCCAUUUCUAUAUAGCAUGCAGAUGGACUGUGGAUUAAGCUGAUUUUGCGGAUUAAUUCUUUGCAUCACGCCAGCCCACUGUGCUGCAGGCUUUUGUUGCUACACCAGGGAGAGGCGUAAGCCUUUUUGGGUUACAAAAUGUUCCCGUUCACCGCGGGUAAUGGCCAAAACAAGUUCGACAACUGUGGGACCAUUGGACCGACAAGGAAGUGAGUAAACUACGUGUUUUGUAUUAUGUCAAAUACUGGGAUCAUGGCACACGUUUUAAUGAGGUUGGUUUCCAUUUUGUGGGUGACAAUGCUCCUUGUCCACCGAGAAGGCCACUCGGCCAACGACCGGCGACUUGUCACACACCAUGGUCACUUCCACCCCCUCGGUCCUCUUCGUGUGGCUGCCAAUAGAUCACUAUCCUCGGCUUGGCCAUGAGCCGACGUCGGCCGGUUUGCCCACCGAGAAUGGGCUAUUUUCAGCGUUCAUUCCCGGCGACGAGCACUGGCAUCCCGCAGCAGAACAACGAGCUGAAACUUGCUCGCCGCCGGGGGCUGAAGACAAUCAACCGUGUGUGAUAUGAGUCGGGUUAGUUUUGUGUAUUUCUUCGUAUUCGAAAGGCGAGAAUAAGACUUGGAAAAGCUGCUCGGUUCGGGUAAGCAUGUCGGCUAGCUGUCACGGCUCCUGUUUUGUUUACGCUCUUUCCUCCGUAUCUGCAGCCAGGACAGGGAAAUGACAAAAGCAGGACUAACGCCGGUGGCAGAAAAUACCAUUCGGGAGAGAAAGAAAUCAGCAGUUUUGACCAUUAUGAAGUAAUUUUGCCCUGUCGUACUGAAUAAAUGCGUUUUUAAUAUUUCAUAUUCCAUUUAGCACAUCACUGUUAUUUGUCAUGACCAUACCAUUUAUUUUGCAAUUGGGGAAAAUACUUGGAUUAAAAAAAUAUCCUGUAAAAAUAUUGGAGUAGAGAGAUUAAAACAAUCAUGACAUUGUGCUACUCUUUGUCAUAUUUUCCUCUGUCUGAAUCUUCGCCUUCAAUGCGCUGAAUUCUAAAUCAGAUGAAAUCAUGACCCUGCCGACGUCAUCAUCAAGCUGGGGACGCUAGAGCGUUAUAAUGACAGGCGGGGCUAAACGGCAGAUUUAAAGACUAAUUUCUCAUCAUCUGUGCUUUGCCAAAUUGUUGUAAUUCUAAUUCACAUAAUAAUGCUAUUUAAGAUUUUUUUUAUGCUGCCACAGGCACUUUAAGGCAAAACACUACCGCUUUUGUCCACCGGCGUCGCUAAAAUACCAAAACUGAAAAACUAACAAGUGUUUCUUUCACGUGAUUUUCCAAUUAAAAUUCAU